AUGGAGGGCGAAUUCGAUCAGCGCCCGUUGCGCGCAGCUGCCCCGUUUCCCGACGUCAUGGCGUUUUCAUCCAAUGUAAAAGGCAAAGGAAUCGAGGACCCAGACACAUGCCGAAUAUGUCGCGGUGAAGGGUCGGCAGAGGAACCGCUUUUUUAUCCCUGCAAAUGCAGCGGGAGUAUCAAAUUUGUUCACCAAAACUGUCUGAUGGAAUGGCUUGGACAUUCGCAGAAGAAGUAUUGCGAGCUCUGCAAGACCCCCUUUCGGUUUACCAAAAUAUACGACCCCAAUAUGCCCUCUGAACUUCCGGCGCCGGUUUUUGUGAAGGAGUUAGCUGUGCUUGGACUUCGUUCGCUGCUUACAUGGCUCCGAUUCGUUUUGGUUGCGUUCGUUUGGCUUGGAUGGUUGCCAUGGUCGAUGCGUGCUAUAUGGCGUGCUUUAUUCUGGCUCGCCGAUGGACGAUGGCCGACCUCACACCCUUCAAAUUUUAACCAAACCAGAAUGCAAGCCAUAGUGAAUGGGACGACGUUCAUCACCCAGUCGUUGGCUGGCGGUAAUUCUGCAGCGUCGACCUCCGACCCCGCCGCAACAUCCGAACCCACAAACGUCUUGUCUCCCAUGACAUCGAUUCUUAAUUUUUCAACUGGUGAGCCCGUGGUUUUCGCAAUCGCCAAGCGACUUUUCCUGGGACUAUUCGCUGUCUCAUCAAGGGUGCCGGACGAGAGUAGUCCCAAUCAGACAAACGCCACCUUGUCUAGAAGCCCCCGCGGCCCGUCGUGGCUCUCCAAUGUCACUUUUCUCAAUUCAUUGACGUCAUCCCCAACAGUUAACAACAUCGUGAUCGAUACAUUGGAAGGGCAGCUGAUCACUCUACUUGUUGUGAUAUCUUUCAUCUUGGUGUUCUUGAUUCGGGAAUGGGUGGUCCAGCAACAACCGGUUGUCAACGUUGGGGAAGAAGAGCGAGACGCUGUGGUACAAUUGAUCGACCGAAACCAAGUUGAUGACCAGGCUCAGGAAGAUGCAGCCGAUGCACUCGAUAUUCAACCAGAAAUGGCAGAAGAACGACCAGGUGACGAUUAUGAUGAAAGCGGAUCAGAUAUGGGAGAACAUACUCCUUCCGAUGACGACUGGGCAUUUGAAAGCCGGGAGCCUUCACCAGAGUUCACAGCGGUUGACUCUCGCCCCAUACUUCCAAUGCGAUCAUCAAGUUCUCGGCCUACAUUACCAUCACGGAAUGCUCUUGACGACGCUUCAAGUAUUCAACGCACUAUUGAAGAGACAGCUACCGGUUCCGCUAAUCAGACAUGGCCUGGUAUCGAUACAUUCAAAGAAUUGUGGUCGCGAGGCGAAGGAAACCCUGAUCAAAUUUUACAGAUUAUCAGGGACGAAGGCCGCGAAGAGGACCUCGGUUGGAUCGUGAAUGCAAUGACAAAACUCCAAGGAUCAAACAACGCACAGUCUUCGGUUAUCCCUAGUCCCAGUGCAGGGGGUCACCUCCGAGAGAUCUUCGAUGAUGAAGCGUCUGUCAGUAUCAGUCGACCAGGGGCAGGGCCUUCUGAAACUCAAGCACCUGGGUCACUUCUCGAACAAUCUAAUGCUGCACGUGUCGAAACCGGGAAAUCAGGUGUACCUAGUGAACAUCGAAGUGGUGAAGUUGGGCAGGGCAAUUCUGAACCUACAGUUGAAAAUACAGAAUCUUCUACCAACCCAAUACGACACCCGGAACCUUCUUCCUCGGCUGCGAGUGAAGAAAGCACGCCCAGCCCUGCCAUCGAUGCUACGGAGUCUGCGCAAGCAGAAGACCAUACCUUGGUAGAUCGCGUCCUCGAUUGGUUCUGGGGAGACCUAAAUACAGAGCCAGACUUUAAGCCUGAGGAUGAUGAUGCCCAUGUCAUCGAUGACCCUCCUUUAGAGGAGGCAUUGGCUCCGGUCCCAAACAGAGUAAAUGAUGCAGCAGAUAAUGAUGCUGCUGCCGCUGCCAAUCCUUGGCAAGAACAAGUGGCUAGACCAGCAAACCAAGAUGCAAACGACCCAGAUGUAGUAGAUGAGGCAGAUGACUUUGAGGGAAUUCUAGAGCUCAUCGGCAUGCAAGGGCCAAUUUUUGGUCUCUUGCAGAAUGGUGUUUUCAGUGCUUUACUCAUCUCAUUUACAAUAGGUGUUGGUAUCUGGCUACCUUACCUUUGGGGAAAGAUUGCUCUAGUGUUUCUCACCAGUCCCAUACAACUUUUUGUUAGGGUUCCUCUUACCAUGCUGUCAAUAACUGCCGAUGUGGCAAUCGACACACUAAUCGGCAGUGUCGGGUAUGUUUUUUAUUGGGUGAUUCUUGUUUUGAAAACUUUGUUGCGUACGGUUUAUGGGCUCAUACCACUCCUGGAUUUGAUACCUCCGGGCACCUUGUUCACCCAAACGUCGUUAACCCUCAUCCAUGAAAGCAGUCGAAGACUCAAUAAAGUACUGACGGGAUUCUUCGAUUUCCACGAGACAGACCUCCCGAUGUUUUCGGUGCUCGCUCACCAGGCGCUGCGUAUCCACGAGGCCCGAAUUGCAGGACUAUUUAAGAUGAUCGGAGACGCUAUCACUUUUAUCUUAUACGACUUACCAACAAAACUGAUUUCACAUGAGUAUCGGCAUGAGUUGGUCGUUGAUAUCAGCCAAGUUAGUAUCGCUGAUCUCACUGGAUAUCUGAAGACUGGGGGCGAAAGUCUCAUCCAGCAGGGUCUGUCGUUGCUGGGGAAGUCGGGCUGGGUGCGCGAGGACAUCGCUGUAGUUAUCGGCUCCGACUAUGACCUGGCUCGGUGGGACACGACAGAUCGUACUAUUGCUAUCCUCAUUGGAUAUACAUUUGCUUCUCUUCUUGGUAUUUUAUAUCUGAAGAUCAAUAGCAUGUUCACCGGGGUCAACCGGGGCCAGAGAAUCGACGGUGUUGUUGCAGAGAUACUUAACCAAGCGGGCGGUGUGAUGAAAGUGAUCCUCAUCAUCGGCAUCGAGAUGAUCGUCUUCCCUUUAUACUGCGGUCUACUUUUGGACCUGGCUUUGAUGCCGUUGUUCGAACAUGCCACAUUAGCAUCUCGGAUCGAGUUCACGGUUUCGUCUCCUCUUACAUCAUUAUUCAUCCACUGGUUCGUUGGCACUUGUUACAUGUUCCACUUCGCACUUUUCGUCUCCAUGUGUCGCAAGAUCAUGAGAACUGGAGUCCUUUACUUUAUACGCGAUCCUGAUGAUCCCACCUUCCAUCCGGUCCGCGAUGUCUUGGAGCGUAACAUCGUAACACAGUUGAGGAAAAUCGCAUUCUCCGCCUUGGUCUACGGUGGUCUUGUCGUUGUAUGCCUGGGUGGCGUGGUAUGGGGCUUGUCAUACUCUUUUGACGACGUUCUCCCAAUCCACUGGUCAUCCAAGGUCCCUGUACUCGAAUUCCCUGUUGAUCUAUUAUUUUACAACUCAAUCAUGCCCCUUGCUGUACGCGCACUCAAGCCAUCAGAAGUGCUCAACGGUAUGUACAAUUGGUGGUUCCACGUAUGUGCACGAUACUUGCGACUGUCACACUUUUUGCUUGGAGAAAGACACCAGGACGAAGAGGGACGCCACGUUGGCUGUACAUGGACAGAAUUCCUCGCUGGAAAGAGGGGUGACACGGAAGCUCCUGUGGUCACUGAGGAAGACAAAGCAGCAGCUGGAGAAAAGAGUGAACGUGUCCACUUCCUGCGAGACGGCAGAUUCGUCCGCGCUCCAGCUUCCGACCAAGUCCGCAUUCCCAAGAAAACGAAAGUGUUUUUGGAGGUAACCGAAGACAAUGAACGCAUCGACGGGGUCUCGGAUGAUGCUGAUGGGCUACAUGGUAAAAACAACGAAAUGUUCACCCAGGUCUACGUCCCGCCAAACUUCCGGCUGCGGAUUUCUAUUUUCAUCUUCACCAUUUGGAUGUAUGCUGCAGCCACAGGGAUGGGUGCUACGAUUGUUCCAUUGGUUGUCGGCCGGAAAGUCCUCUCGUUUUACUUCCCCAGCUUCAUCCAGAUUAACGACAUCUAUGCAUUCUCUGUGGGUCUCUAUCUCCUAGGAGGUGUAGCCUACGCCCUUGUUCACUCGCGUUCUGUCUACACGACAGUAAGGGAACGCUUCUUGCCUACGAUCUCCGCCGUGGAAGUGAUCACCCAAGCGGUGAAGGCGGCCAUAAACGCCACCCGACUCAUCUACGUCGCAGCAACAUUUACGAUCUUCAUUCCUUCCUUGUUAGCGUUAUUGGUGGAACUUUACGUGCUCAUUCCCAUCCAUUCCUACACGCAAGCCCCGCACCCUCAUGUGAUUCAUUUCAUUCAAGAUUGGACUCUCGGGGUGCUCUACGUUCAGAUGGGUGUCAGGUUUAUACAGUGGACACCGGCCUCGCGUCUUUCCACGGCUCUCAGUGCGAUCACUCGCAAUGGUUGGCUGCGACCAGAUGCCAGUGUGGCCACUCGCUCCAUCAUCCUUCCAGCCUCUAUAUUGUCGACAUUCGCCGUGGUUUUACCAUUCUGUUUGGGCUUCGCUGCCAAUUCCACGGUCUUUUCCAGCGCCGCGCCGGAAAUCCAAUCCAAAGUGUAUCGUUAUGCAUACCCGGCAUCGCUCACCGUGUGCCUGCUUGUUUACACAGGCCUCCUCUUCUGCAGACAGCUAGACGUCUGGCGAGCCAGCAUUCGGGACGAUGUGUACUUGACUGGCGAGCGAUUGCAUAACCUGGGCGAAAAGACAGCCAGGGAUGUCGCCGGAGCACACAGGCGGGUGGAUACGUCAUAG